AAAAUAAACAAGAUGGCUGCUAUAGUAAAUAAGCAUGGUUUCAUCUGUUGGAAACAUUGCUAGUCUUCAUUUAUUACUGAAAAGUUUUAAUUCAAUUGUUUAAAAACACUUCAUCAAUCAAAUUCAAAUCACUUUUUGCCCACUUGACUGUCACUGUGUGUUUGGCGUUUGGACUGCUUCAGUGCUUGCUUGGCUUGGUUACGUUACAUUUACAGUUUACACUACACAAGUAUUAGAAUCUACAAGACGUAACAAGAGUAACAAGAAAAUACAACCAUUUACAAUUUACAACAAUAACUUUAAUAUAUUAAGUACCGGCGCCGGUAUGAAUGUGUUGUGCUGUUCAAGUCCUGUGAAUUACGCAAAGAAAUCUCUAAUUUUAGUAUGGAAAAGCGUAAAAGAUCGUCAAUAAACGUGAAGCCGAAAUCGAAGCACUUUUCACCUGGUAGUGGUAGUUACCAAACAUCUCAGUUAGAUAGAGAUCUAGAUCUAGAAAUUGAAGAAGUAAUCAGAACUUCACAGAGGUCAACAACAAAAAAUAUUCUAACUCCACAUCAUCACUGUCACAGCCUGAGUCACAGGCUCUCUCCUCAAGUGGUACCUUCAGGUUUAACCUCAAGAGAAAAAAGAGACUUCAAUGAACAGCUGCAUGCAUCCUUCUCAUCUGAUUUAAAUGGCAGCAUUGAAGAGCUACUAUGUGAUGAGAUAGAUGACAUAUUACCAAAAACAGACUAUACUUAUGUGAGAACAGCCACAUACAGCCCAAAAUACCUAAGCAAAACCAAAUACAUCAGUCCAAACAUGUCACGGCGCAAGAUUCGAGCUAUGAACACGUCGUUCUUAAGUGAAGAUGAUGAUUCAGACUCGUCAAGUCAGUUUUUUGUGUCAGAGAGUAGCAAAACACAUACAGAGGUAUUCCUGGAGCAACCGGUGCAACAAAACAUGCAACAAAACAGACGAUCCAAAAAUAAACAUUUGAUUUUUACCUCAACGCCUAUGACACCACAUGCUGGUCAUCAAAUAUCAACUAAUGAUCACUACUAUGACGGCAUGCUCCUGCGCUCUGGGAGUCACAUUAAAGGUGUGAAACGCUUAGAAGGCAGACUAGCAUCUGAGACACCAUCCACUUCUGGUGGAGCCAGUAACAUGCUCCGUUCUACUCACCAAAUGAAACAUUCUGAAGGCAGGCUAGCAUCUGAGGUGGCAUCCACUUCUAAAGCAGAUAGUAAUUUCAUCCGCUCUGCUCACCAAAGAAAAGGCAGAUCUUCUCAAAUUGAGCUAGAGGACUUUGAGAAUCAAAACACCAACAAAACUGUAACCACUGUUACUACCACCACCACAACCACGUAUGAAGAAAUUCUAAAUGAGGAUGCAGCCAAAAAAGGAGAACAUGAUACAAAUAGAAGGUCAGAGGUCAUGCAUGACUGGGAUAAAAUCAGUUCACUUGAUGCACCAUCUACUUCCAAGAGAACCUCAAAAGUGGAUAAAAAUUACGAGUCCAAACUUAGAGCAGAUGAGCUGCAGACUGAAAAGAAACAGAAGCAGCAGUAUAAAUUAAAGCAUUUCUUUGGUUUGGACUCAGAUGAAGAUUUCUCAGAUGUGGAUUUUACAGACACACACAUGAAUAAAAGAUCCCAGGGGUCACAUGUGCAGCAGACGACAACCACACUGACCAACACUUUGAACAACAGAAGAUCAUGGUGGCUACUCACUUGGUUUUACUCACUCAUUUCAAGCGCUGUUACCACAACUGUAACAACAGCAGGCUCCACUGGUGCUAAAACCAUCAGCAAGAGCUCUUCUGUAUUAGUCGGCGCAGGCAGAUGGACAGUAACCAAAAUUACAGACCUUUUAACUUGGGUUGUCCAUCAUGCAGCCACCCUGAUUGUGUGGGAUAUUGAAGCCAAAAGGAGGAGAAAUUGGUGUUUCUGCUGCUGUCCCCUGUUAUUACUGUUACCAUUUUUAUUACUUGGAGGCUACUAUUCUCAUGUGCUGUAUGAAGGUGGUAGAUCUGAUCUUAUGCCAAUUUUCUGGUCUCAUCUCUCAGCAAUCUCACCUGGUCAGUCAUAUCAGCCAGUGGAGCCACCAGUGGUAAUUCCAGCCACGACCUCAUCUGAGCAGGUCAAUAUGACUUUUAUUACCCAGUACAUGCAACAGAUGUUUGUCCAAAUGGCUGCAAAACAAAAAGAUGACAGACCAGUAGGGAUGACACAAGAACAAGUUGAAGUUUUAGUCCAGACUUUGCUGGCCAAUCAACGGAAAGCCUUUAUGGCCGAGUUGGAAGACAGAAUCAAAUCUCUUAAGUUGCUGGUUGAGGGAGAUACUAAAUCAUUAGAUGUGAAAUUCAGCAAUUUGGAUGAUAAGUUCAGCUCAUCUGACAAGUCUCAGCAGGCUCUAAAGGAUCAGUUGGACCAACUUUUAGCUACUCUAGAGAGCUCUGGCAUGGACUUUAAGAAACAGGAAGCUGGUUGGCUGUCAUCACAUGAAGCCCUGCGACUGAAACUGCAGGAUCUGGCAGAGGAGGUGAAAAGCCUGUCCUCCAAAAAUGCUGCGCUGACUGCCAUGUUGAGUAGCUGCUGUAAGAACAGUUCACUCAUACAUGCUGAGGUUAUUUCCAUCUUAUCUCAGCUUGGUGCACAUGAGAACCAGUUAGCCAGUUUACUUGCAAUGAUAAAUAGAACAGACUUUGUUGAGAGAGCGGAGAUGGAACAAGUUACUCAACAGAUAUUGGAGCAAUUGAAAGUACUCUUGGCAGACAGAGAUGUUGCUUCUAGCAAUGGAAUUCCUGUUGAAGUGGAUGAAAUGAAAAUCAAAUCUAUAAUUGAUGAUGCUCUCAUGAAAUUUAGUGCUGAUCGUGUUGGAAUGCCGGACUUUGCUUUAGAAUCUGCUGGUGGUAGUGUUUUGAGUGUCAGGUGUUCAGAAACAUUUUAUAAACAGACAGCUCUAGUCAGCAUUUUUGGAAUACCGCUUUGGUACACUUCUAAUUCACCUCGCACUGUUAUUCAGCCUAAUGUUCAUCCUGGCGAGUGCUGGGCUUUUAAGGGAAAUUCUGGCUACUUGGUCCUGCAGUUGUCCCACCCUAUCCAACCAACAGCCUUUACUAUGGAGCAUAUACCUCGCACCUUGGCACCUAAGGGAGACAUCAGCAGUGCGCCUAAGGAGUUCACAGUUUUUGGCCUAAAUUCAGAGAGUGAUGUACAAGGUGUAAAUUUGGGAAAUUACACUUACGAAGACUCAGGGAAUCCUAUCCAGUUAUUUCCUAUUCAGAAUCUCAAUCCUGGAGUAUAUCAACAUAUAGAGCUCAGAAUCCGCAAUAACCAUGGCAACAAGGAGUACACUUGCUUGUAUAGAUUUAGAGUGCAUGGAAUACCCUGAGCUGGAACUUGAGAAAAAAAAGCUGUUAACUUUCCCUGUUAAAUUAAUUGAGAGGUUGUGAAUACUUACAUUUAUUACCCUACUAUAUCUGCAUUGAGUCUCUAUGCUGUUUAAUUGACAUUAAUACAAGUUGGUUUUUUUUGUGUAGCUUGCUUAAAACAUUUCAGUCAAUGACUCAAUUGUCUCUAAUAGUUUGACCUCAUAUUUGGUAAAAAGUGCACAGAGUGAAUCUGUGCAUGUAUAUUCUUGACAGGGUAUCUCUGUUGAUUUCCUCACUAUCUGGGUUCCAGGUAACCUGUUUUCAGGUCGCCUCACCUGUGGAGCUGCUCUACUUCCCUAACUAGGUCAGGGGGUAACUCAAUCAGGUUAUCUCACCUGUGUAUCAGUCUGUCUUCACACCAGCAAAAUGAUCCCCUGAUAUUUAAUCAUCCCACCUCUUCAGGCACUGCCAGGUGCAAGACUAAAUAUACAAGGAACAAUAUUACACUAUUCAUGUUUGAUACAGAUGUAUCCGUAUUUAUUUAUAUUAAAACGUUCACUUUUUAUAUUAUUAGUGUUACAUUUUGUGGUUACCUAUUUGCAUAUAAUCAAAUGUUAGACAUGUACAAAACUAGAAUAUGUCAAACAACUUAAGGUAAUAUGCUUUUAUAUAUUAUCAAGUUUUGCUUUUACAUUAUUACAUGCAUUGUAAUCAAAUGGUGUAAUAGCUAUUCAUUUAAGUUUAUUUAUUUACAUUAAUCAAGUAUUUAUCAAUCUGCUUGUCAUUUUAAACAUUUUAUUGUAUUUACCAAUAGUCUUUUUAUUUACUCUUCUGUUGUGUUCCAGCAGAAACACUGCCUUACCUACCUCUAAAUUUUAGACAUCUUUCCAAGGAGAGAUAACUUCAUGAAAUGUUAAAUAAAUUAGGAACAGAAAACAAACUGGAUAAAAUUGAUAGUGUUAAAAUAGGAAACAUAAGGCAGCAAUUGAAAAUUGUGCCUUGAUUAUGAUGUAAUCACCAUUUUCCCCCUAAUAAUGCAGGGUUAGUAUUAAUCAAUAUUAUGCAAUCUAUCUGCCCUUGGAUUUCACUUUUUUUUUUUAAAAUCAGCUUUGGUUUUUUCCCCUAUACCCAAAUAAAAAAACAGAACAAGGAUUGUGAACCUUAUUUAAAUAGUUCUCUGAGUAGAGAAAUUAAUUGUGCAAUCAGAAAUAUCUUGCUUGAAUGUCACAAUAAUCCUUCCACAGCUAGUUCUUGCCUAAAUGUUACAAUGUAGGUUGCCUAGUGCUAACAUUUUCCCUUGUUUGCACCUCAGUAGUGAUAAAGUUAAAUAUUUUUAUUUAUUUAAGGCAGCAGUUUGAGCAAGUGGCAUGCUAUAGCUAUGAUUGUUAAAUGAAAUGGUUUUUUGUUCAAGUUUUUAACCUAAACCUAAACCUUUUUACAAUUUUAGAACUUGAUUUCUCAUAGCUCUACCACUUUAUCAACUGUAAUUUUUAACUGUUGUAAUCAUUUCUUGGUGCUACCAGUUGAAUGCAGCUGUAUUACAUUUUAUUAAAGCAAUAAACCACACAUUCAC